UAUUAUUUGAUCACUCGUUAUCCGUUACGCGGUUGAGCAAUUGACUCUUCGUGAGGAAGAUAACGCAUUGAUAUUUAAUUUGCCACCAAUAUUCUUCGUCAGGAGUGAAUUUUCCUCCGAGAUUUUCAACAACUGAAUCUCUCGUCGGUGGAUCGGUAUUGAUUAAAGCGCACAAAACCCUAAUUAUUUUAUAAAAUUUCUUAUCAAAUGGGUUUACAGCAAUCUAAGGACGAACUAUUGUAUCAACAAGUCGGUUAUGGCAACAGUGAAGGCAUUAAAUCGCUUCGCAACGAAGGUGCUGGCCUUGAGUGGAUGGAUAAGGAAGGAAAGACUCCUCUGAUAUUAGCUUCCAUGAAUCCACAGCUAUAUGAUGUAGCAAAAACCUUGAUUGAAUUGGGUGCCAAUGUAAAUGGCUAUCGUCCAGGUCGUCAUGCAGGAACUCCUCUCCAUCAUGCUGCAAAAAGAGGCCUAGAACAGAUGGUUAAGCUACUCCUUUCACAUGGUGCUAAUGCCUUGGUGAUGAAUGAUGACUGUCAAACUGCACUUGAUGUUGCAAGAGUCAAAGGAUAUAGCAAUGUUGUUCGUGCAAUCGAGAAUCACAUCUGCUUAUUCUCUGGUUGGCUGCAUGAGCUUUAUGGGCCAGGCUUUCUUGAACUACUUGCUCCUCAACUACUUUCAAGAAAAGUAUGGGUAGUUAUACUACCAUGUGGAGCUCGUAAACUUACAAAGCCUUUCAAGUUAGAACUUGCUAUAUAUUCUAGUUUACAGGAUGCGAAACCUCGCGCACUUAUUCCACUAUGGAAGGCUAACAUGGAUGAACCAAAUUUUAACCAACCUGAUCCUACAGUUGUUCUUACUAGCUCCAACAUCCCAAGACGCUGGAGAAGGAAGCGAUGUAUUUUACACUCCCAAGUUAGGCAGUCACGCAUCAAACUUGCACCCGUUAACGAAAACGAAAAGCAAAACUUGCAACGGUUUUGCAAUGCUUGCAAAGGAAUCCCUCAGGUUAUGCAUCCUUCAUUUCCAUUCAACAACCAACAAUCAGCUAUUGGACCACCUCAGACAACCCCAAUGGACACCGAGUCACCACUGGCUAUGACCACCACCACCGCCACCACCACCACCCUCCAAUCUGGUUCAGUGGUGCCGCCAACACCGACACCCACGGCUCCUACCACCUACCCCGACUCUACUCCAACCAACAAAAAAAACAAAUGGGAAAACAAUGAUGAAGCAACAACUUCCACUAGUUAUCAUCCCCAUACAGAAUACAACACAUAUUCCCAAAUUGUCCCUACAGCACCACCCAUGGUCCCAUCAGCACCACCGCUUUCAGACAUGGUGGAUGAUGAUGGUCCGAUUCAUUACCCCUCCAUUGAUUCCGUUUCUGCCCCUAGUGAGAAGGGGAAAGAGAGUAAUAAUGAUUCUUCAACAUGUGUUAUAUGUUUGGAUGCACCGGUUGAAGGGGCGUGUAUCCCGUGUGGUCAUAUGGCUGGAUGUAUGUCAUGUUUGACCGAAGUCAAAGGGAAGAAUUGGGGUUGCCCCGUUUGUCGUGCCAAGAUUGAUCAAGUUGUUCGGCUUUAUGCUGUCUGAGGUUGAAAUUGAAUCGUUUGUAUAUAUAUGGUAAGAAAUGGUGACAAUAAUGUUUGCCUUUGAUGGGGAAGUGGAAAUUUUUGAAGGUGAUCAUCAAGAUUUCUACAACUUUUGAAGUUUUGGCAUGUUGAUAAUGUAGUAAGCUUUAAGCUCAAUGUUGCAUUUCAUUUUUUGGUUUUUUAUAAAUUAUAAACACUCCGGAUGUUAUGAAGUUUGUAUUGAAUCGUGUGUGCAUUGUAAAUCUAGCCUAUCCGUGUGAACUCAAUAUAAUUAAAUUGUGUUAUGUUAA